CUAACACACACGUUCCCCACCUCCCUGCAGCUGUGCUCCAGAGCUGCAGCAGAGCUCUUGAGUUCGCAGUUCAUCUGUCGUUGUCUGGACAGCCUCAUUAAGGGAAGGACAAACGUGCAUGCCACAUAUGAGUAUGUAUGUUGCUACUGAGCCAGAGAAGAGUGAUUGUGCUUGAGCACCCAUUAUUCAGAGCCAGCCUGUGUGGGCAGAGCAGAGAAGGAGAGCAGCGAGGCAAAGGGAGAAAAAGAAGAAAAGAGCAAGAGACGAGCAAAGAGAACGUGUGUACCGGAGCUGGAAUCAGUCUUGAGACCCUCCUCCACCAUGGCUGCUGCAUAGGAAUCCAUCAACAAGGCAGCCGUGUGCAUGAGGUGUGAGACAUAGGAGACAAAGCAGAAUCGGUACAGAGUAAGAGUAAAAGCUAUACAAUAUGGCAGCUGAGGAAAAGCCUGGUGUUAAAAGCAGUACCUCCAUCGUGCCAUGCUUCCUGUUUGUGGAGCUGGUGAUCAUGGCAGGAACGGUUCUCCUGGCGUACUACUUCGAGUACACGGACACCUUCCCCGUGCACAUCCAAGGUUUCUUCUGCUACGACAAGACAUUUUCCAAGCCUUACCCAGGUCCAGAGGAGAACAGCAAAGUGCCGCCUGUCCUCGUGUACUCGCUGGUUACCGCUAUCCCUACCAUAACGAUUUUGGCUGGAGAGUUGAUGGCAUUUUUCAUGAAGUCAGAGGGCACACAGGAAAAGACUAUUGUUACAGCAGACUGCUGCUACUUUAGUCCCUUGCUGAGACGCAUCAUACGUUUCCUAGGUGUCUACUCCUUUGGCCUCUUUACAACAACUAUCUUUGCCAACGCUGGGCAAGUGGUCACAGGAAACCAGACACCUCACUUCUUAUCAGCAUGCAGGCCUAACUACACAGUUCUGGGCUGCCACUCUAAUCUCCAGUACAUCACAGAACGACGGGCCUGUACAGGGAACCCACUCAUAGUAGCAUCUGCCCGUAAAUCUUUCCCCUCAAAGGAUGCAGCUCUGAGUGUCUACUCUGCUGUUUAUACUGUGAUGUACGUGACACUGGUGUUCAGGACCAAGGGAACACGUCUGACGAAGCCAACAGUCAGUCUGACUCUGCUAUGCCUGGCCAUGCUAGUAGGGGUAGUGAGGGUGGCUGAGUACCGCAAUCACUGGGCUGACGUCCUUGCUGGGUACUUCACCGGAGGAGCCAUCGCUGUUUUUUUGGUGACCUGCGUGAUCAACAACUUCCAGCACGCAAAACCCUCUCCACCACCCAUGCGACCUCAGCGUCCUGAAUCCGUCCUGGGCAUGCCCAUGGUGGCUCUGCCUUGUGUGGAAAGUCCACUCGAAAAGUUAAGUGGCACUCAGACUUCAAGGGGAUCUCCAUUUACUGAGAUCACAUGACCAUCAGCCCUAUCGGUUCCCCGCCACCCCCGAUGUCCUCAUACCGUCUCGCUCCAUUUCCAGCGAAGUCUAGACCAGCCGUCUGAGCACGCACAGCAAUGUACCGCGGCCCACACCACUGGACGUUACACCACUCUCUACCGCUCCUAUUCGACGCAGGUCUAGACAUUUUCCUUCUUGCUUCACUUCUCAUCUCCAUGCUCCCCUUCAUGCUGCCCUCAGGUCUCCAGCACACUUCUCAAACAAACGAGAGGAGACUUUUUACGCUUCUGAAAUUUCAGCUAUGGAGAUUGAAUCAAACUCGUCUGGCCAUCUGAAAUAUUUUAGGAUGUGUUCCAGGCAUACGGCCUAGACAUCAGCAAGAUCUUUAAGUUUGCUUGAGGAGUGCGUAGUAGCCUUUGAACCACCUAAUGACAUUUGGCCCAAAAUCCAUCCAGCCUAUCCCAGGGGAACCGAUAUGGAGUCCACAUGCUUACUCCUGAAAACAAAAAGACUAACAGUACAGUGUUUGAUAGGCCUCUUUUUGUUUCACUAUUGUGUGUUCAUAAAGAGGCAUAUCUAAACAGUGUCUAUGUAUAGCAUUCAAUGUACAUAACGUAUUUAGUGUUUGGAUUUCAAGAACUGCAAAUCGUUCUGAAAAUCUGAAAAAAAGAUUACCCAGUGUCUUUCUCAGUCACCAGUGUGUAUUUUGUGAUUUUUUUUUUGUUUUUGUUAACCUGUUUAAAAGUGAAAAUUCGGUUCAGCUCUUACCAAUUUUUGAACCAGUGCCCAUGUCCUUUCCUUCAUCAGUAAUAGGCAGCUUAAAAGGGUGCAUUUGACACUUUUAUGAUUGACAAACCUAAGCAGCUGGACAGGUAUCUCAAACUCCUGUCAGAGUAAAUGCUCAAUCCUUGGUUCUUCUCCUAGGAUUUUUGUUCCCACCAGUCCCCAAAGCAUGGCAGAUUUAGCUUGUUAACUGCAGUGACACCAUUCUGACGCAAUGGCAUUUUCAUCACCUUCGUUCCCGAGAAAAGCUUGUCUCAGACACAACAGUGCUCUGUCAGCUACAGCACCCACCACAGUUUCCAGAGAUCAAAGCCAACACAUGUCUCUUUCUAAAAAAAAAAAAAAAAGACCAACAAGGCAUUUGUGUCAUUUGUUAAUUUGAUGCCGUUAAAAUGCCUUUAGAUGUCACUCAGACAUUAUUAGAUGUGGGGAAUUUUUCAAAUUUCAUUGCUUUCAUUGCUGUUUCAUACUGUAACACUGGCUUGGUGACUCUUGAGCCCUGAUCUAAAAGGUAGAUGUGGAAUGCACAUUAAUGCAGUUUAAAAAAAAAAUUUUUUUUAGACUUCCUUUUAAUUUUUUUAUUAAAGAUGUUUGUGAUGACUUUGGUUAAUUAUUGAGUUAUUUCUUUUUUAGUUUUUGAAUUUUUUUCUUUUGCAACAUAAGUGUUAUGAACGCACUAGUCUUCACUUAGAGUGACAGUUUUGCUGCUUUUAAUUUGCACAAUGCUUUAGGCACCUGUAUUUGUUCUGAAAUCUCUUUCCAAUAGCUUUGUAUCUGCUCUUUUUACCCAUGUAAAUUAUGUUCACUGUGCUAAGUGAGGUCACAUUUCUGCUAGACCAACCCUAUCACCCCUAUGCCUACGGACACAACCACACACACUUUGUAUACUUUGUCAAACCAUUAUCCUAAAACUUGAUCCAACUGUCCUCCUUUCUUACAUGACUGUACAGUUUUGUAAAUAUAUCUUUUUGGUAAAAUAAUAAUAAUAAUAAUAAUAAUAAUAAUACAGGAAAAAAGAAAUUGUGUGUUUUUACACUGGCACGUUGUGCACCUAUUGUCGUUUCUGUAGUAUUCUAGUUAAAGUUCUCUGACCAUGAAGCUAAUCAUCUUCCAAAUUUUGAAAAAUAAAAAUAAAACAGACCAGCUGAGAGUGUUUGGAUACAACCUACAGUAUGUACAUGGUAGCACCUGACCAAUAGCCUGUGAAGUACAAUUAAUAAGCAUAACUAUAAUUUUUAUGGGAAAAACGGGUAAGAUGAGCCAUUUUUACUUUUUCAUUUGAAACAAAAAGAUAAAUUGUGAUAUGAGUGUUUCUAUUUACCUAAAAUAAGUUUUAUGGAUACAAAGUUCACUUUUCAUGAUGUACCCCAGGUGAGAGGUAAGAUGAGCCAGCAAGUGGAGAAGGUGUUGAAUCAAUGUGCAUAACAAGGACACACAGAAUCACUGAUCUAGGUGCUUAUUAAUUUAUGGAUGAAUAUAUUUAUUAGAUCUUAGUGCUUUCAGCUCUACAGUCUGCUUUACAACCACAGCACAUCCUGUAUGUUCUACACCGGUCCAGGAUACACAAAACUCAAACUACACUUUACAGUUUAAAAGGGAGGCAGAAUGAAUAAAUAAAUGUAAACCAAUGAUUGUUUUUAUAGUGUGAUUCCCUACUACUCUUUAAAUCAUCUAUAAAUUUAAAUCUAUUUAGCAUUCAAAAAAUAAGUGUGGCACAUGAGCUAAAUCACGUGUGCAAUUUGUACCUUAUAAAAAGUAUUGUAAGCACUGAAUUCCCAAGCCUUAUGGCUCAUCUUAACAACAUUCUGACUAAACCUCUUACCUUACCUUGCCUUGGAUUUGCUUUCAAAUCACAGCUUAUGGAAGCAACAAUUAGAUUUAUUUGAAAAUAACAGUCAUUUGAGUUUAAAAAUUCUGUAAAGCUGCUUUGUGACAAUGACCAUGGAUUGAGAUGAAAUGAAUUGAAUUGAGUUAAACUUAAAUCACCUGCUACCCUCUCCAUGUGCUCUUUUUUUUUUUUUUUUUUUUUUAAUA